CUUCGCUGGCGUCCGUCUUUUAAAAUUAUCCCCAACCAGAAAUCCACCGCCCAACUCCUCCUUCCCCUUCCCCUGCCUCCUUCCUUCUCCCACCAAGAAACCAAAUCACCACCAGACACUGCCAGCACCGGGAUUCUGUCCCUCCCCUUAUUCGGCUUCGUCAGCACCAGCCCACCAACCCACCCUGUUUUGGCUGCUAGUUGUCCCUCUUUCUGUCUCAUGAAGGAAGGAAGACCCCAAAUCUGACUCUGAGAAGUCCUAGAGUUGAAAAGCACACCAAUCCAUCAUUUAUCCAUGGCGAACAGCAGAAGCACAAAAUCAACAAAACCACAAAAGCAAAGCACGCUGGCUGUUUACCUGUACAUUCCAAACAUAAUCGGUUACAUAAGAAUCCUGCUGAAUUGUGUGGGCUUCGCAAUUUGCUUCCAGGAUAAAAUCCUCUUCUCCCUGCUUUACCUUGUCAGCUUCGUUUGUGAUGCCUUGGAUGGUUGGUUUGCCCGCAAAUUCAAUCAAGUAUCCACCUUUGGGGCUGUCCUCGAUAUGGUCACUGACAGGAUCAGCACUGCCUGUCUCCUCCUAAUCCUCUCCCAAGUCUACAGGCCUGGCUUGAUCUUCAUUUCCUUGCUGGCACUCGACAUCGGCAGCCAUUGGCUCCAAACGUACAGUACUUUCUUGCUUGGGAAGAGCAGCCACAAAGAUGUCAAGGACAGCAAUAGCUGGCUGUUCAGGGCUUACUACAGAAACCGGAUGUUCAUGGGUUAUUGCUGUGCUUCUUGUGAGGUUCUUUACAUUAUGCUUUUUCUUCUUGCCGAGAAUCAGAUUGAGAGUUUGCCGCUUGUUUUGGGGAAUGCUGUACAACAGAGUUGGGUUAAAGCAGGGAUUUUGGGGUUGGCUGGAUUUGGAUGGGGAAUCAAGCAAUUAGUGAAUGUGAUCCAGAUUAAGACCGCUGCUGAUGUUUGUGUGCUUUAUGACAUCAACAAGAAGCAGUAGUCAGACAUGUAGUAUCAGUACUGGUUACUAAUACUAGUUGUGUUUUGUAAUGAUGAUAGUUUUAACCAAAUGGUUUUUGUUUUUCUUCUUCCUUUGUGUUUUCACGUUUUCCAUGGCUUCAAUGUAUUGAAAAACAUGAUUUGUGCGGCAUUUUUAAUAGUGGAUGGAGUAAUUGUUGUUAA